CAGAAUAAUUCCAUUAGUCGAAUUGCUGAAUUAAAUCCUCAAUGUUGCCAAAUACAGACAAGUAAAUAAACUUUUCCCGAAAUACUUUUGGAAAUUGGAACAGAGAAAAAAGAAAAAAAGAAAAAAAAAAUCUGAUGCGGUAGGCCUCACCGCAACCUCCGUGCUCUCCCUCAACGCAACCCGAAAUAUCUCGACGAAUUUCGAUUCGUUCCCAGUUUCCUAGUGUCUUUGGAUUCUUUUUAGCAUUAAAAAUGGCUUUUUCCGUUAUGAAUUCACCGCUUCUGCGAUACCCCUGCACCUCGACGCUCCUCCACAUUCCCCAACACCCAUCCGCACUCAAUCCCGCCUCAUCUGAUAUAAUUAAUCCCAAGGUUUUGCGCUGGGAGUGUCGUAAACGGCGCGCCAUUACCAUGAAUUGCCAAGCCACGGCGGAGAAAUCUGUUGUGUCUGGGAGUAGAAUGCUGGUAUUCGUCCCGCCGCAUCCUUUAAUUAAGCAUUGGAUUUCAGUUCUUCGGAAUGACCAGACGCCUUGUCCUAUAUUCAAGAAUGCUAUGGCUGAGCUUGGGAGAUUACUAAUAUAUGAGGCAUCAAGGGAGUGGCUGCCAACUAUCAGCGGAGAGAUCCAGUCACCAAUGGGUCCUGCCUCAGUGGAAUUUAUUGAUCCAAGGGAACCCAUUGCAAUUGUUCCCAUAUUGAGAGCUGGCCUGGCUUUGGCAGAGCAUGCACCAUCAGUUUUGCCGGCAACAAAUACAUAUCAUUUAGGUAUCAGCAGAAAUGAAGAAACACUUCAGCCAAGUGUAUAUUUGAACAAGUUGCCAGAGAAAUUUCCUGAAGGCUCUCGAGUAUUCGUUGUGGAUCCCAUGCUUGCAACAGGUGGUACAGUAGUUGCAGCUAUACAACUGAUAAAGGAUCGAGGGGUUGACAACAAGCAAAUAAAAGUGAUAUCUGCUGUUGCUGCACCUCCCGCCCUUCAGAAAUUGAGCGAGAAGUUUCCUGGGCUUCAUGUGUAUGCUGGAAUCCUUGAUCCUACUGUUAACGAGAAAGGGUUCAUAAUUCCUGGACUUGGAGAUGCUGGGGACCGUAGCUUUGGCACAUAAAAGCAGGACCUUUUAACAAAAUCUGCUUCCCGCCCAUUUUUUUAAUCCACAAAAUAUAAA